AUCGAGCUUCGGAUGCGACGUCAUUCCCGAAAAAGUGCUGAACGUGACCACAAGUGUGCAAGACGAGAGAUAAGCGAACGAGAGCUGUACAGUAGCCAUAAAUGGAAGCGAAAAAAUGGAGAUUCAUCGACAUUUAAUUUCGUGUGUGGUGUUACUCAAAAGGUGGUUGGUGAUGUCAAAUGGGUUUUAAAUUAAUUGUCGCGGUACGUUUCGAACGACUCGCAGGGAUUUAAAUCGAAUUUCAUGCGGAGGAGAUAUUCUCCAUGGUGAAAUAGCUGCCAUCAUGGCGGCUGCUGAAAUGUGAUUCAAAUUCGCACCGUGUGUGAUGUGUGUGUGUGAAAGGUUUGGACCAUGUCCGACGAAUUGGACCAUCCCAUGGGGGAUCCGGACACGUCUGGAUCAUUCCCGAGUGAGAAUCCGAGCUGGCAUCGGUUGCUUACGGACGGUCACAAUGCGGCGUGUCGGGGCCCGGAGAGUCUGUUUUCUGACGCGACGACAACCCAGGCCCAGGAGGAGGAAGAAGAAGAUGAAUUGUUACGUGUGAUUCAACAUGGCAGCAUUGGGAACUACGAUUCGGGCAACUUUUCGUUUUCGGAGAGUUCGAACAAGGGGCAACAACCGGUCCCGAGCAGUCCCGGAGGACAGCAGGAGCUGCAUCAGAGGUUCGUACAGCUGAAUACGGAGCUGUACCAAGCGAAGACGGAGCUGCUGACGUACAAGUACAAAUGGAACGAAAUCCGCAACGAGGUGGAGCUGCAGUGGAACAAAAAAUGCCAGCGGGUGGUAGACGAGAAGGUAGCGUUACAGCAGGAGGUAGACGAUCUGAAGCAGCAGCUGCAGGCAGCAGUUUGCACCUUUGGCGGCAACGAGCGUGGUUUGGAAAUUUACAAGCUGCGUUCGGAACUGGAUCAGAUCAGAAUCCAAUUGGAUUGCAAAGACCGAGCCAAUGGGAUUCUGAAGGAAAAGAUAGCGGAGCUUUACUGUGAUAAAGAAAACCUCUCGUUGGAAGCUCGGAAGCUGGAGAAAAUGCUGCUGGAAGUGCGUAGUGAAUUAAGUUCAGUCAAAGCUUCGGAAGCUUGGUUCCGGAACGAGUUACAUGUGUGCCAAAACAUAAAUACAAAUUUAAGGGAAGCUAACCUAUCUUUCGACAAUCGAUUAAGCCUGGAGAAGGCUCAUGGCGAGCGGUUGAAGGUAGAAUUGCAGCAGGUAAUACGCAGUGCAGAGCAAGUGGAACGGAAAGCGAUAGCCGAGAAGUCAAGUCUGCUUGCGAGACUGGAAACCAUUGAAGCGUCCAGUCGACUAGAGAAAGUAUCGGAUUUGAUAGCGCAGGAGCAUGUGUGCAAGCAUAAUGAUGCUGCGGAAAAAAUCCAAUCGCUUCUCGAUUUGAACAAGAAUCAUGAGCGUGAAAACAACCACCUGCGGACGAAUGUUGAGCUGCUGCGAAACACUCUCUCCAAUCAGGAGGCACUCAUCCAAUCGUACAAAAACAGAGAAGCAGACAGCCGACGCCAGGUCACCACCCUGGAAGCCGACAUCCGCAACCUGAAGGAUGACAAACAAAGAAUGGCGGAACAGAACACCGAAUUGCACGAGACAAUUGCGCGGAACAGCUUCACCAAACGAGACCUAGAUGUCAGCAUUGGGCACUUGAGAGCGCAGCUGAAAGUUUUAUCGAUAAACUUUGAAAAUACGCGAAGGGCACUCGGUGUGAAGGAAUUUGAACUUGGCCAGCUGCGGCAGGAGCUGGUCCGUAUAAACGACCACUGCAGGGAUUUGGAAGACCAUCGGAUGGAGCUGGAGCAGUCGUUGAAGGUGAGCGAAUCGCACGCUCGGACAAUGUACGAGCAGCUGCUGGAGAACUUCCAUCGGAUCCAGUCGCGAAACUUGGACCUGGAGCUAAAACUGGGUCAGUAUGCCGAGCACGAUGAAAAGUUUCGUAAGAGUGAGGAACUGGUGCAGAGGUUGCGGCAGGAAAUUUCCGACCUGCAGGAGAAGGUGGUUCAGGACGAAGAGGCAGGGUUGAACGUGAGUAGCAGCAGCAGCAGUGCAGAGGGUAGCACCUGCGCCAGUAGCAGCGAUUCGGAAGGAGGAAGUGCGAAAGUCUGCCCAAAGCAUGGCAACCCCAUUCCGGAAGAUGACACCAAAGAGCUGAAAAUAUUGCUGAAGGUGAUCGAGAACGAGCAUCGACAGAAGUUGAAGCGGUAUGAGCUGAACAAUCGGACACUGUUCAAGAAGGUCAAGGAGCACAGCCGAGCCCGGAAGGUGGCAGAGCAGCAGGUGGAGGCACUGGAGAAGGAUAUGAGCAAGAUGUCGUCGUUGAAAUGCGAAAUGGCGGGACUACGGGAGAAGAACAUGCUACUGGAGAGCGAUUUGGAAGCCAUGGCGGGAGAAUGCCAUCAGCUGAAGGGUGAGAAGGCGCGAUUGAUGGUCGCGAUGGAGAGCAAUUGCCUUCUGAAGAUGGAUGAUGAUGUAUGGAGCGCGUUCAAGCGGAUAUUUGCCGAUCUUCGGGAUAAGCAGGUGACGGAUAAGGAGAACAAGCGGUUGAAGGAGCUGCUGCACAUAAGCGAGAGGAAGGUCGACCAGCUCGAGCAGGAGCUCAGGCAUGCCUUGGCGGUAUCGGAGGAGAAGAACGCGGUGAUUGAGAGUCUCAGAUUGUCGAACGAGUUGCAGCGUUUGGAGGCGGAUGAGAUUCGAUCGGAGUUGACGGUGAAGGGAAUCCAGUUGGACGACUCGGCGCGCACGAUAGCGGAUCUCAGCGCGGAGAGAGGUUCAAUGCAAAGCUCGUUGCACGAGCAGCAGAUGAACGAGCAGAAGCUUCGGAAGGAGGUGGACUUCUUGCUGCAGCAGUUGCAAGUGCGGGACGUACAGCUGGAGACGGCACAGGAGCGGCUCAGAUUGUUUGAGGAAUCCGAACGGAUACUGGCCGAUUCACGGCAGCGCUUUUUCGACGACUUGCAAGCACUCAGGGACCAGAUCUUGGCCGAGAGACAGGAGAAACAGGAACUGCGUGACGAGGUGGCAGCACUGCGGGUCGGCAUGGUGCAGCUGAUGGAAGGUAGCGACAAGAACUUCCAUUCGGUCAGCCAACCGGAAAGUGUCCACCUUUCAUCUUCGGCUUCGGAAGGAUCGGCAGCGGUGAUGGGUGCAACGGCAGCAUCAGCGACGUACGACGAACAGGCGCUCAAAGCUUUGGUGGAGGACUGCACCCGGCAGCGGAGCGGUUCGGCCAUUCAGCCGCUGCAGGAGUGUGUGGCGUCCCUGCGGUCCGAGAUGAACCGGCUGAAUGCGGUGGUGCGGCAAAAUGGCGCCCAACGGUACAACAACCACGUGGUGUCGCUGAUGGAGGAACUGCAGGACGCCACCAACGGUACGUACAAUGCGAGAUGAGUUUAGGAGUUUUAAGGUGAGCGGGGCUGCCAUUGAAGGGGGGUUUGCCAUUGGCGCACUUUCAACAAGGAGUGAAAGUGGCGAUCAAAUGGUUAUAGAGAGGUUAGGUUCGAAAGAGAUAGUAGGGGAUUUGGAUGAUCUUUUUGUAGCGUUUUAGUAGAAGAUCUUUAGCCUGUAAUUGUGUUAGUGGAAAACGUCGUGAUAUUGAUAUUAUGGAUAUGCACAACAGUAUGAUCUGAAUUCUGUGUCGUUUGGUGAUUGAUCGAUAGAGUUGAAUUUUCAUCGCAAAAUAUCGUUCAAGAACCACUAGGUUUGGUUUCUCAGUGCUGUUGUACGCUUUGUUCGCUUUAGAAGCUGGAGGCUCAAAUGCGCAUUAAGCUUAACGGAGCCAUUCUUAUUCUUACCAUUUUGCUUCGACUUUACCAUCGACUUCAACCGUUUGUCUGCCGCUCGCUGGUACCAACUCGGUACUGCUGCCAAUAAUCUUCUCUGCAUAAAUGUUCGUUAACACAAAAAAGACAAAACAAAGAAAAAUUCGGGUGUAAGGGAACACGUUUUUCACGAGCGUUACAGGCCAUCACAGUCCAUCUCGGUUUCUGGUAGGGAUCACACGGUUUGACAUCUUGUUUGUCUGAUCGUACGACAGCGCUGUCGAUCACCUGUUCAAAUAAGCUAGUCGUCAGACCGUUUGAAGCCUACUGGUGGAAACCGAGCUUGAUUGCGUGGUGGUCACAAAGCCGCUUCGUCGAUUCGUCCGUGUUCCCCGCGUUCCCGAUAGAAUUGUCUUCAGUCUACAUAGUUUGUCUGUUCGUCUAUUCGAAGAAGCUCAACAGCGAUUGAGCGCAGGAAGGUUACUGGUGUCGUAUCGUCGCUUUACGAAGCCAGUAGCUCGUCGUCGUCUUACCGAUAUCAACCAUAUCACAGCCGGAUGGCCAUAAAUAUUCGUAAACACAAAAAAGACAAAACAAAGAAAAAAUAAUUCCCUGUUUUGUAUCCGCCAGGUACCAAGUUAAGUACCAGAUAACUCUGCUCAAAGUGCUUGCUUGGUAACGAAGGAUUUUGAGUAUCCAAUAAAUGAGCGUUUUGUUGCUUAUGGCGUAGCUUGUAUUCCAGUUCAAUGGAUUUCACAAUAUUGCCUAAUCAUAAUGCUUGGUUAUGUGCUAUCUGAUUGCGCAACAUUGAAUCCGAUUGUGAAAUUCCAUCUCGCGCUUGCGCAUCAACGCUUAUCUGCACUACUACAUAGCGAGAGUUGGCGUAAAAUUCCACGCUGUGUGGACCGUGAAUAUACUUGAAUAUGAGAACGUUUCCAAUAUUCAGGAGAUGGUUUAAAUGUUCGUGAUAGGCAACUUUUAUU